AUGGCCCACGAAUUCCGCAUUCCGCUGCACAUGACGGCCGCGGAGUAUGAAAUCGCAGAGCUUUUUGUCGUCGCCCGCGCCGCCGAGACGAGCACCCAGCGCGUGCACAUUCUCCAGAACGAGCCAUUUGACAAUACAAAUGGGCAGCUCGGCGAUGUUUCGGCAAUGUCCAACUGCGCGAUUCCGCGCACGAAAGGCCAGUACACGCUCAAGCACUACUUUGUCUCGGACGAGCUCCCCUUCUUCCUCCGGCCACUGUUCCCGAAGGAAGGGUUUCUCUUGAUUGAGGAAGCCUGGAAUGCAUUCCCGCGCUCGUAUACGGCCAUGACGAGCAACGUCUUUCGCAACGAAAAGUUCUUUAUCUCGUGUCAGUCCGUGUACGCAGAGGGCCACAUGGUCGCUGACAAUGUGUUCCACUUGCCACCGGCUGAGCUCACCGCACGCACCGUGGAAGAACUCCACAUCGAGGUCAGAGACACCGCGGUUGACGGCAUGGAUCCAUCGACGUACAUAUGCGCCAAGAUGGGCCGGGGACCACUCGCACGUGGCUGGACGACGUCGGCGACACCCAUCAUGACAUGCUACAAGCUUCUUCGCGUCAAGUUCGACUAUCUUGGCCUUGAGAAGAAAAUGCAGCAGUUCAUUGUCGACCGUCACCGCGGCAUCUUCUUGACGUCGGCGCGUCAGGCGCAGUGCACGUCGCACGAAUGGCACGGCCUUACCCUCGACGACAUUCGGUCGCUCGAAGCCAAACAAGCCCUUGCGAGCUAA